ACGGGUCCCGAACGAACGACGAUGUUGACCGUGGCACGAUCUUUUGUAGGUGGCAGGCCCGUGGAGCUUCAUGUCAUGCGCCGGAAGAAGUACGCACGUAGUAAGAAACGGGAAUUGUACGACAUACAGUACAAUUUGGACACCGGCAAGUUCCACUGUCCCAAUUGCAACAACGGUUACGGCAGACGGGACACCAUGCUCGGUCAUUACAGGUACGAGUGCGGCAAAGCGCCGAGGUAUAAGUGCCCGUACUGCAAUCUCUGCAGCAAGAAGACCUCGAACAUUUAUCAGCACGUGAGGUGUAUGCAUCCGAAGGAGCCGGUGACGCUCGUCAAGCUUUACUGAGCUCGCGCGACGUCAU